AAUCCAAAGAUAAUCUUUCAGAAACCAGAAGUUGAAGAGCAAAUUUGAAGAAAAUGGGUGCUAACUACUCAUCAACAUGGCAUGAAGCUUAUAAUAUGCCAAUCACACCACAAAUCAAGAGGUCUCAAGUCAUUGCUUUCCACUCUUCAACAAAAUGGAAGCUCCAUUUUGGUUCUUUGAAAGAUACAAACAAACUGAUUGUUAUCGACUUCACAGCUACAUGGUGUGGUCCUUGCAAAUACAUGGAACCAGUUAUCAAUGACUUUGCUGCUAAAUAUACAGACAUUGAGUUUGUCAAGAUUGAUGUUGAUGAACUGGCUGAUGUAGCUCAAGAAUACGGGGUUCAAGCAAUGCCAACGUUCGUGCUCAUAAAGAAGGGCAAGGUAGUUGACAAGAUUGUUGGAGCAGACAAGGAUGGGCUACAGAAGAAGAUUCAGAAACACAAAGCUACCUACAUCUAAGCAAACCAAAGAAAGUUAUGUAAUGAGCAGAGUUUACUACAAUGAUAGGUCUCUGUGUUAGAAUAAAUGUCAUCUGUCACUAAGAACUAAUUAUGUACUCAUCUAUGGUUCUUUCUCACUUCUGAUGGUAAAUUCAAAGAGGCUGAUUUAAGCACUAAUGUUGGUAUAUUGAUUUGAAUAAAUAAAACUCUCUCUAGUUACUGUGUU